UCCUCCCCUCUGACCAUGCCCGGUCAUGCCCCCUUCCUUGCCCACUCCUGCCCCUGCCCUAUCGAUGCGUGGCCAUGCAUCCAUACCCGCUCCUGCCCAGCCGUCCCCCCGCCCCGCGUCCAUGCCUGGCCAAGUCCCCUCCAUGCCCCGCCCCGCCCCGCCCCGCCCCCUCCUGCCGGCGGAGGCGGAUGUGGGCGGGGCCAGGCGGCCGGGGCGCGGGCGGCGGGGAGCGAGGCGACACGCAGCACAGGCCGCGCGGCCUCCAGGCGGGGGCCCGGGCAUGCGGAGCGGGCGGCGCGGGGGCAGCGGCCCGGCCAGGCCCGCCUCGCGCCCCGACGCGCCCGAGGCUGCGGGCGGCCGGCGGGGCGGGGGCACUGCCCGCUGAGUGCCUUGGGUGCCAUGGCAGACGACGUGGCUGUGGUCAAGGAAGGCUGGCUUCACAAACGAGGAGAGUACAUCAAGACGUGGCGGCCAAGGUACUUCCUGCUCAAGAACGAUGGGACCUUCAUUGGCUACAAGGAGCGGCCGCAGGACACAGAGCAGCGAGAGUGUCCCCUCAAUAACUUCUCUGUGGCCCAGUGCCAGUUGAUGAAAACUGAGCGGCCACGCCCCAAUACCUUCAUCAUUCGCUGCCUGCAGUGGACCACGGUCAUCGAGAGGACCUUCCACGUGGAGACACCCGAGGAGCGGGAGGAGUGGACCACAGCCAUCCAGAUGGUAGCCGACAGGCUCAAGAAGCAGGAGGAAGAGAUGAUGGACUUCCACUCCGGCUCACCCAGUGACAACUCAGGGGCUGAGGAGAUGGAGGUGGCCUUGGCCAAGCCCAAACACCGCGUGACCAUGAAUGAGUUUGAGUACCUCAAGCUGCUGGGAAAAGGCACCUUUGGGAAGGUGAUCCUGGUCAAGGAGAAGGCCACCGGCCGCUACUACGCCAUGAAGAUCCUCAAAAAGGAAGUCAUCGUGGCCAAGGACGAGGUGGCCCACACACUGACGGAGAACCGGGUCCUGCAGAACUCCCGCCACCCUUUCUUGACUGCCCUCAAAUAUUCCUUCCAGACCCACGACCGCCUCUGCUUUGUCAUGGAGUAUGCCAACGGGGGUGAGCUGUUCUUCCACCUGUCCCGGGAGCGUGUGUUCCCGGAGGACCGAGCCCGCUUCUAUGGCGCCGAGAUCGUGUCGGCCCUGGACUACCUGCACUCAGAGAAGAACGUGGUCUAUCGGGACCUCAAGCUGGAGAAUCUCAUGCUGGACAAGGACGGCCACAUCAAGAUCACCGACUUCGGGCUGUGCAAGGAGGGCAUCAAGGAUGGGGCCACCAUGAAGACCUUCUGUGGCACCCCCGAGUACCUGGCCCCCGAGGUUCUGGAGGACAACGACUACGGCCGGGCCGUGGACUGGUGGGGGCUGGGCGUGGUCAUGUACGAGAUGCUGUGCGGCCGCCUGCCCUUCUACAACCAGGACCACGAGAAGCUCUUCGAGCUCAUCCUCAUGGAGGAGAUCCGCUUCCCCCGCACGCUCGGCCCCGAGGCCAAGUCCCUGCUGGCCGGGCUGCUCAAGAAGGACCCCAAGCAGAGGCUGGGCGGCGGUUCCGAGGACGCCAAGGAGAUCAUGCAGCACCGUUUCUUCGCCAGCAUCGUGUGGCAGGACGUGUACGAGAAGAAGCUCAGCCCACCCUUCAAGCCACAGGUGACCUCGGAGACAGACACGCGCUAUUUUGACGAGGAGUUCACAGCACAGAUGAUCACCAUCACACCGCCGGACCAAGAGGACAGCAUGGAGUGUGGGGACAGCGAGCGGAGACCCCACUUCCCCCAGUUCUCCUACUCAGCCAGCGGCACAGCCUGAGGCACAGGACCCAGGACUGAGAAGGGCAGCGGGUGAGGAAGCCUGUCCGGACUAAGCGGGAGGCCGGGCCUGCGGGACAGAAGCUGCAGCCGGCCAGGUUUAUUUAUUUCAUCCAGCUGCCACCCACGUGCACUCGGGCUGGUGACCCUCCCCCCUGGCCAGCUGGCCCCUGGUCUGGCCCCCCAGAGGAUGCUGGCCCCAAGCUGGGCCUGGGGUCCGGGUACCCCCACAGCCAGGUGGCCCAUCACCCUCUGGGCUGUCCUAUUUCCGGGUUCAUUUCAGUGAAGGGCGCCAGCCGGCUGUCCCCAGCUCAGGCUCCAGCACCUGUCCUCCUCCCAGCGCUUCUCUCUGCCCUCUGGGGGUGCCCCCCGCCCCGCCGCCAAGCUGCAGCAUUUUUCUACAACGUUCCACUCUAGUAUUUUUACUCUGACGAGCCCCUCCCUCCAAAUUCUCAAUAAAAGUGGCUUUUCAACCU